AUUAAAUUACAUAAGAAGCCAUUUAUGCCAUACUUGCUGUGAAACUCUUCUUCUCCAUAAAGCGUACUUUGUUGUACCAUUUGGUACCACCGGACUUUAGGUACAUGUAUUGUAAGUAGAAGAACGCUGUGGAAUUCUGAAGCUUUUAUAUAAAUUUCGUUUUUCUGUAAUUUACCAAACUAUUUGUUUUUAAAUUCCUCUAACUUCGAAUGCUUAUUGUAGAAUAGGACGGUUAUGGACAAAAAACUUGCAGACGACGGACCUACUACGGUAACACCAUGGUCGGUUUUAUUGAAAAAAGAAAAUGGAGUUACUGGCCGUGAAACUCUGAUUUCUUCUGGAGAAAUAACAACUUUGGAAGCAAUUAAGAAAUCCGGCCUUUGUUAUGAUCCACGAAUGCGUUUUCACGCGACUUUGAACGAAGUAGACGAUCAUCCAGAAGAUCCAAGACGUGUACUUCGCGUCUUUGAUGCGAUUCGAAAGGCUGGCUAUGUCUCAAAUACUCCUAAUCCUACUGAUGCUUUUCUUCGUCUUCCUUCUCGGGAGGCUACAUUAGAAGAAUUAUUAAGAGUACAUACCCCUGAAAUGUAUGAAAAAAUUACUAAAACUGAAUUAAUGUCCAGAGAAGAUCUUACCAAUCUUGAAAAGAUCAGCGACUCCUUGUACUUCAAUAACGAAAGUGCAUUUUGUGCAAGAUUAGCCUGCGGAAGUGCUAUUGAGACUUGUGCUGCCGUUGUCACAGGGAAGGUAAAAAAUGCAUUCGCCGUGGUUCGUCCUCCUGGCCAUCAUGCGGAACCUCAUAAACCCGGUGGGUUUUGCUUAUUUAACAAUGUCUCUGUUGCAGCAAGAAGCAUGCUUCAACGUUUUCCCGAAAAGGUAAAAAGAAUCUUAAUUCUCGAUUGGGAUGUGCAUCAUGGUAAUGGUACUCAGAUGGCUUUUUACGAUGACCCAAAUGUAUUAUAUAUAUCUCUUCAUCGUUAUGAACAAGGACGUUUCUAUCCUGGAACGGUCUAUGGUCGUGCAGAGAACUGUGGUGAAGGUGCCGGCCUAGGCCGUACUGUGAAUAUUCCAUGGCCGUGUUCAGGCAUGGGUGAUGGUGAUUAUAUUUAUGCCUUCCAGCGCGUUGUUAUGCCAAUUGCUUAUGAAUUUAAUCCAGAUUUGGUAAUUAUUAGCUCUGGGUUUGAUGCAGCCGCUGGUGAUCAUAUUGGUCAGUGUCUAGUGACGCCGCCAGCUUAUGCCCAUAUGACUCAAAUGUUGAUGGGCUUGGCAGAUGGAAAAGUUUUUGCUUCCUUAGAAGGAGGUUAUAGCUUGGAUGCCAUUAGCGUUUCGGCUUUAGCUGUCGCGCAAAGUUUAAUUGGAGUGCCUCCAAGUCGAUUGCAUACAGUUUAUGCAUCGAAACAUGCAGUCGAAACAGUUGACAUGGUUACAGAAAUUCAAUCAAAGUUUUGGAGAUGCAUGCGACCGAAGUUUAUACCUGCUAAUCCGGAAAAUGCUCAUGUUAGUAGACUUCACGAUAUUAUACGAUCAUAUCAAGCAAAAAAACUAUUUGAGGAUUGGAAAAUUACCAAUCUGCCUAUUUUGCGUGAUUCCCUUUCAGAAACCUUUGCCAACCAGGCGUUGUGUUCGCAUGAUUUUUUUCAAAAAGAUGUUUUAAUUAUACUUAUUCAUGAGGCCCCUCUAAUCUUAGGCGAUGGUAGAAAAGACUCCAAUGCCUUGAAGCCAUCGGAUUCUUACUUAGUAGAUCCUGUUAGUCUAUACAUAGAAUGGGCUAUGCAACAGAAUUUUGGAUUGAUAGAUAUCAAUAUACCUGAGGUAGUUACUGGUGAAAAUAAACCCUAUGACAUGGUUGAAGAAACAAAGAAGUUAUGUACAUAUAUUUGGGAUAACUACAUUGAGCUUGCAUCGGCAAAAAAUAUCUUUUUUAUUGCAUCAGGAAAAGCAGUCGAAGGAGUAAUCAACUUGAUCGCUUCGCGCAAUGUGAUGAAGAAUGUGCGUUGCGUUGUUAAUUUUUUUGGUUCAGAAUCACUUACAGGAUUGAAAACUGCGUCUGAAGAUGAUCUACCAGGCUGGUAUUUCCGACACUCUCUCAUUUUUGUAAAAUCAACAGACGAAUGUUGGAAAAAGCCAAAGAAGAAUAAACGACGGUACGGUCGUCUAAUUCAAAGUGAACAUGAUUCCGGGACGAGCAUGUUAGAACACCAUUAUCGGGCUGUAACCCAGUAUGUUUCACACUUGUUGAAAAAAAAUGAUGCAUCAUGAUAUAAAAAGGAAGGAUAGGUAUAAAGGACUCGUGAUAAUGAAAUGUAUGAUCCCGUCGGUACUAUGCCUCUUCGCAUACUUAGAACGGACGUUUGAAUGUCCCGCCCAGGUAUAGACAACUAAUGAGUAUGGACUAUGUUUAUGAAAACGGCAGUUUAAAUCUUUUUAUUUUUCUAAUUGCGCAGUCUCUAAUAUGUUAUAUGCCGUAUAUCGACUGGUCUCACUUAUUGUUCCCUGCUCACUAUGUUUAAUUUAGUUUGUCUUUCAAAGUCUUAUUUUUCUCAAGAGCCAAUCUUGUUGACUGUUGAAUUACUAUAGAGG